AUGGCUUCCUUUCGGCUGACGAUCGAGGAUGGCCAGUUCCGAGACGCUCACGGCCGACAGGUUGUACUACGCGGAAUCAAUGUCGCUGGCGACGCAAAACUCCCCUCCGAGCCCGAUCAACCGUCCCACAUUGCCCAUGACUUCUUCGACGGCGACAACGUCACAUUCCACGAGCGGCCCUUUAGUAGAGGGGAAGCCGCUACGCACUUUGCCAGGAUAAAACGCUACGGCUUCAAUACGAUCCGCUACCUCUUUACUUGGGAGGCAAUCGAAGCCGCAGGUCCCGGCAUCUAUGACGAGCAAUUCAUCCAGCAUACCAUCGACGUGUUGAGGAUAGCAAAGUCCUAUGGCUUCUACGUCUUUAUGGACCCUCACCAAGAUGUUUGGUCACGAUUCACCGGCGGUUCGGGGGCUCCAAUGUGGACGUUGUACGCCUGCGGUCUCAACCCCCAGAGCUUCGCCGCCACCGAAGCCGCCAUUGUUCAGAAUACGUACCCCGAUCCGGAUACCUUCCCGAAAAUGAUUUGGUCAACCAACUACCACAGGCUCGCGGCAGGCACCAUGUUUACUCUGUUCUUUGCCGGCAAAGACUUCGCGCCAAACUGCAUCAUAAACGGCGUCAACAUCCAGGACUAUUUGCAGGGCCAUUUCGUCAAUGCCUGCGCACACUUGGCAAAGCGGAUACAUGAAGCGGGCGAUCUGGAAAAUGAGGUUGUCAUGGGCUGGGAGAGCAUGAAUGAGCCCAACAGAGGCAUGACGGGUUAUGUUGACUUGACAGUCAUCCCCAAGGACAACCCCCUGAAGAAAGGCACCUGCCCGACCAUGUGGCAAACUUUCCUGACGGGUAUGGGCAGGGCCUGCGAGAUUGAUACCUGGGAUAUGGGAGGCUUGGGGCCUUACAAGACAGGCACGACGUUGGUGGAUCCUCAUGGCGAGAUUGCCUGGUUACCGGAAGGAUAUGACGAUUCCAAGUAUGGGUGGAAGCGUCACCCUGGCUGGAAACUCGGCGAGUGUCUGUGGGCGCAGCAUGGCGUUUGGGAUAUAGCAACCGACACAAUGCUAAAGAAGGACUACUUUGCCAAGAACCCCAGAACCGGCAAGGCUAUCGAUUACCCCGAGUUUACAAAUACCUACUUUAUGGACUUUUGGAGAAAGUACAGCAAGGCGUGCAGAGCUCAUCAUAGAGAUUGCCUUAUGCUUAUGCAAUAUCCUACACUAGAACUGCCUCCUGAAAUCAAGGGAACCGAAGAUGACGACCCAUUGAUGGCUUUCACGCCACACUUUUACGACGGCAUCACCCUGAUGACCAAGCACUGGAACAGUACGUGGAAUGUCGACGUUGUUGGUGUGCUUCGUGGCAAGUAUUGGCAUCCCGCAUUUGCCAUCAAAAUCGGCGAGACGGCCAUCCGAAACUGCCUCAAAGACCAGCUAGCAACCUUGCGGCAGGAGGGGCUGGACAGAACAGGCAAUCAUCCAUGCCUGUUGACCGAAUUCGGUAUACCAUAUGACAUGGACGACAAGAAGGCUUACAAGACGGGAGACUACUCUAGCCAGUCAGCCGCACUGGAUGCCAACUAUUUUGGCGUGGAAGGCUCUCAGAUCGAAGGCCACUGCCUCUGGGUAUACACUGUUAUCAACGAUCACGAACGCGGCGACCAGUGGAACGGAGAAGACUUGUCCAUCCACUCCGUAGACGACAAACUGCCGCCACUUUCUCCAGUCCCCAGGAGCGCAGUGGCCGGUCAGUCUGCAACAAGCCUGCUAAAACUGUCGACGACGAACAAUAGAGACGGCAGCGGCGAUGACGAGAGCGUCACUCCUGGAAACCUUCAGCGCACGCUCACAACGCCGUCGAUAAGCUCCAGCCGAUUAGCAAAGGAUCCCGAGUUGACUAACGCUCCCGGAUACCGAGCCGCAGAGGCCUUCAUUCGACCGACUGCAACAGUUGUUGCAGGCAAUGUGCUCUCUACGGGAUUCGAUCUCCGCAAGUGCACGUACUCGCUCAAGAUUUCAGCGCCAAAGCCUGCCAGCGACGAGGCGCCGACAGUCGUCUUCCUUCCCGAGUACCACUUCCCCAAGAAUCAGUGCGAAGUAGCCGUAUCUACCGGCAAGUGGGAGUUGAGUUCUGAUGACAGCGAAGGCCCCGUGCUCCAACGCCUGAAGUGGUGGCAUCCUGAGGGAGAACAAACCCUUGAUGUUCAGGGUAUUGUGAGAAAACAUAAUGUUCCGGAGGGGUCCGCGGAAGAGGCUGGGUACCUGGAGCAGUGCCAACAAGGCUAUGGCUUCAAUUUCGGCAACUGCACAGUAAUGUGA